CCUGAGCGGUCGCCUCCCUCGGCUCAGGAGGGCGAGGGCGCCUCUGAGCACAAGCGAAGCGCCGCGGCGCCGCGUAUCGCCUGCCCGCCUGCGGCCGGAGGGGCGACAUGCUCGCCCGACCUCCGGCAAACAGCAAAUCGCCCGAAGCUCAGAGCCGAUUCUGGAGAGCGAGCUCGGGCGAGCCUGGCGCCCGCCGGACCCUCCGUGUGCGGACCCGCCGGGGGCUCUGCAGGGGGGGCGCUGGGGGCCUUCGGGAGGCGGCCCGGAGAACCACUCUGGCGGCCUUUCCCCGGCGAUCCAGCCCGGCUGGACUGCCGGUGCCCGUGACCGAUUCCAGGCUCCGGAGACAAGCGGGGCGUCCCAAAACGGCCGAGCCCGCCUGGGAGCAAGCGGGGCCCCCGAGGCGUCGCCGUUCCCGCAGCCCGAUCGCUCGGGGCUCCGGGCAUAGGGGGCUCCGGGGCUGCUCCAAGCUCCAAUCUGGCACCGACAGUGCAGAGCAGGCGGCACUCUGUCCAUGGGCAGGAGCGCCCAUGUUAAGCACAGGGAGGCGGGGCGCCCAAGAAGAAGGCGGAGAAGAAGGGCGGCGGCGGCGGCGGCGGCAAGAAGGGCAAAGGCGGCAAAGGGCCGGCGGUGGUGGACGCGCUGCCCCCCGACGGCAUGUCCAAGGAGCAGCUGGAGGAGCACAUGGGCCGCAUCCGGGAGGAGCUGGACCGCGAGCGCGAGGAGCGCAACUACUUCCAGCUGGAGCGCGACAAGAUCCACACUUUCUGGGAAAUCACGCGGCGGCAGCUGGACGAGAAGAAGGCCGAGCUGCGCAACAAGGACCGGGAGAUGGAGGAGGCCGAGGAGCGGCACCAGGUGGAGAUCAAGGUGUACAAGCAGAAGGUGAAGCACCUGCUCUACGAGCACCAGAACAACCUGACGGAGCUGAAGGCCGAGGGCACCGUGGCCAUGAAGCUGGCGCAGAAGGACCACCGGUCCCAGGAGACGGAGCUGCGCAAAGACAUGCGCUCCCUGAAGGUGGAGCUGAAGGAGCAGGAGCUGGCCAACGAGAUGGUGGUGAAGAACCUCCGCCUGAAACAGCAAGAAGACCUGACGCAUCUUCGAAAUGACUUUGAGAGACAAGUGAAAGAGAUUGAGGCCAAGUACGAGAGGAAGAUGCGGGUGCUGCGCGAUGAGCUUGACCUGCGCAGAAAGACGGAAAUCCACGAGAUCGAGGAGAGGAAAAACGGUCAGAUCAACACGCUGAUGAAGAAUCACGAGAAGGCCUUCAGCGACAUCAAGAACUACUACAACGACGUCACCCUCAACAACUUGGCACUGAUCAACACCCUCAAGGAGCAGAUGGAGGAGAUGAAGAAGAAAGAGGACCACCUGGAGAAGGAAAUGGCGGAGGUGCUCUUGCAGAACAAGAGGUUGGCAGAGCCACUGCAGCGAGCCCGGGAUGAGGUCUCUGAGCUGCAGAGGAAGCUGGCUCACUACGAGAAAGACAAGGCCAUCUUGGCAAGUAUUCGGGCCCGGCUGAAAGUCACCGAGAAAGACCUGAAGGAUCUCCAGUGGGAGCACGAAGUGCUGCAGCAAAGAUUCAUCAAGGUUCAGGAGGAGCGGGAUGACCUGUACCAGAAGUUCACCAAAGCCAUUAAUGAGGUACAGCAGAAAACGGGCUUCAAGAACCUGCUGCUGGAGCGGAAGCUGAUUGGCCUCGCCAACCUUCUGGAGAAGAAGGAGGUGCAGCUGAACGAGGUCUUGGCGGCCUCCAAUCUCGAUCCCAGCGCUCUCAGGGUGGUCACCCACAAGCUGGAGGAUGUGCUGGACUCCAAAAACAACGCUAUCAAAGACCUGCAGUACGAACUGGCCAGGGUCUGCAAGGCACACAACGAUUUGCUGCAAACCUAUGAGGCGAAGCUAGUCUCCUUUGGGAUCCCCUUGGACAACCUGGGCUUCAAACCCCUGGAGACCUCCCUGCUUGGACACACCCUCGGCCAGGGCCCUGCAGGAUUCGUCUCGACGCCCACAUAGCAGAGCUGGGAAAUCCUCCUCCGAAGACGAGCCCAGCCAAGGCUCCUGGGGCUCCUGGGGGCCAGUGGGGGGAGCGGCCCACCCAAAACAGAGACUGGGCUCUCCUGCAGGCCUUUUGUAUUAAAGCCUUAAGGGGCCUUUUUGUAAA